ACUACAGGGAGAGUGAUGGCACCUGGACAAUGGCGUACGAAGGGUUCACCGGCCGUCUUUCUAAGGAAAAGCAGGACUUACACGACAUUAAAAAUUCUGCGGCAGAGUUUUUUCGGGUUAACAGAAUCCCCCAGGAGAUAGAGAGAGCUCUGAACGAGCUAUACUUCCACAAGCCCGAAGACGUUCACGGCUAUCUGGCAAAUCACUUUAUAAACCUCUCUGCACCACCAAAAAUCAGCAGACUGAAGGGAAAGGAGGUUUAUGAUGCAAGAGGACAGCUAUCCACUGAGGCUGAGGUCUUCUGCAUCAUCUGCAACAAGGAAAAGAGCAUGUCCUCAGCUGUCGUCUCCAGCCACUUUGGGCCUAAAGAGACUUCACUGGAUUGGAACACUCAGGUGAGGGCUGACCAUGUGAUGACUGCUGUCCAGUGGAUCAAUGAACCUCUGAACAACCUCCUGAAGGGCCUAAACCCCUGUGACCAAUCAGAAGUCGAUCAUAUACUCAGCAAUUUCUUCAUGGCCCGCCACCUGGAGGAGAAAGACAUCCGGAACAAGGAGAAGCAAGAGAGCCAUUUUUCCAGUGAGGCUGAGGUGGCACUUCCUUCCCCACCACCUGACCAGACUAAAGACAAGAAGAGUGUUGAUAGAGGUAAAAAGAGCAACACUGCAGAGAAGCCAUUUCCUUCAACAGAGCCACCGGAACCAGUUCUGCCUGGGAGCUUGGCCAUUGGCUCUGUGUCUCUGGCUGUGGCCAAAACUGGGGCACAAAUAUACAGUAUCCCUCUCUACAAGUACAUAGCAGCUCUGAACAGAAAGGCUCCGACACAAUUCCACAUACCUGUCCCCUUGGUAACUUUGCUAAGCUGUGGGAAGAAUUCUCCUGGAAAACUGAAUUUACUGGAAGAAGUCAUCCUGAUCCCCAAAGUGGGACAACGAGUCAGACAAAUCAUCACAAUGACCCUUGAGUUACAGAAGGAGAUAAUGAGAAUAAUGAACACUUCAACAAAAGCUGGGGCCACCCAGGCAAUUCUGUGUGACAGUGGAGCGCCGGCUGUGAGCUACGAGCGACCUGAGCAGCCUCUGGACCUGAUCACUGAAGCCUGCACUAACUUUGGACUGACAGUGGGAACAGAGAUCUAUUUAGCUGUAAACUGUGCUGCCCCUGAGCUAAUGGACUUUUCUAAAGGAAAGUAUGAGGUUGCAACAGGAGUUUUGAAGUCGCCAGAUGAAUUAGUGGAUAUGUACCAAGCCCUCAUCAGCAAAUACCCAGCAGUGGUGGCCUUAAUUGAUCCAUUUAGGAGAGAGGACAUAGACCAGUGGGAGAAGCUGAGCAAUGUUCUUGGAGACUCAUGUUCACUACUCUCUGACACCACGUACAAGUCGAAGACCCCGCCCCUUCUGGGAGCCAGAGGUCACAUCUUAAAACACAUCCAUGAGACAACAGUCAGUGAUUUGAUCCGCAUCACAUCAGAACACCAAGGUUCAGUGUUCGUGGGAACAACAUGCAGUGAGCCCUGCAGUGAUGCCUCUUUGUCAGAUAUAGCUGUGGCUCUGGGCCUGGACUAUGUCAAACUGGGAGGUCUGAAUGGUGCUGAGAGGAUGACUAAAUACAACCGGCUGAUUUCUAUAGAGGAAGAACUGGCCCAACAGGGAAUUCUGGUCUUCAAGGAGAAGCACCCACCUCCACUGUUCACUGAAAAACCACUGGAGGAGUCCACAGAGAGAACUGUCUGACACAGCCUGCUCACAUCUUCUGUUUCUAUCAAGAACAUAAACACUUAAAAUUUGUGUCAGUGUUACCACAAUAUAGUUUACUUUCAAAAUUCAA